AUGGAAUAUACGGUAACAGAUAUGGAUAUAAAUACUCUAGAAUACCUAUCUCUGGAGUAUCUGUCCAGCCAAAUCGAGCCAGUCGAGUACAAUACAAUGUAUUAUAAAAUAAUGGAAGAAAAUGGUAUAUCGAGUAAAGAAAUAAACGUAAAUUUGUGGAUUCGACUGUAUUCUAACAGAAAUGUACUGAUUCUAAUCAACGAAGAGUUCGAAGAAUAUCUAAAAAGUAACUUUCAGAAGACAAAAAAGAGAAGUAAAACUAAUUUAUUGAACAUAGAUAUAAACGGAUUCGAAUUAAAUGAACUAGCGGAACACGUCCCAGAAACAAGACUUUUGUGCUCAAAUACCUACAGAAUCAAGAGCUUGAACCUUGUUCUAUAUGAGCAGGUGGUAAAAACAAACGAUCGCUUCAAGCUAGUAAUGCUAAUAGCAUCGAAAAGAUACUCAGGAUACUGGCAAUCAGACCUUAUUAAUGAAUCGAAAAUCUCACCCAGAGACUUGUUUUCAUUAUUGAACUCUUUAUGUAAAAUAGGACUUGUAUACAAGCUGACAAUACCCCAAAAUAGAAUAUCUAAAAUACUGGUAAAUAACAUCAGUGAAAAUUGUGUUAUAAAGUACGAUAACAACACCGAAACUCAGGAUUCUCCAUUAGAUGUAGCACCAAAAACACAAAAUUCCGCUUCCAUUUGUUUCUUUCACAAGUAUUUCAUACUGGAUAAAAUACCAAAGUUCAUAAGAACAAUGUGCAUGGGAGAGGCCACAAAAAACUAUGAAUCAACGAUGCUGGAGAUUCUAGAAAAGGAAGAAAAUAAUAUUCUGUUAGAGUCCGACUGGAAAACAUCAUACUAUAACUUAGCAUUCCAUGAACUGGGACAGAUUAAUACAAGAAUAGAUAACCACAUCAUCUCCAGAAGCUACUUGUAUUUUAGAAAGUCGCUCGAGCUCAAGAACAAAAUCGCACUCAUCUUCGCAUGGUGUCCUCAGACAAAAAAGUUUGAAAGAUGUAUAAUGUUAAUCAAGAACCCAAACGAUAUAAAAAUGAAGAUGAAAAGCUCAAAUAUACUCCAUGUACUAAACCUGAAGAGCGAUACACAAAUGAACGAAAACUCUGAAGAAGACCUAACAGAGUCAACACCGUUUAAUCUAAAUGGACAUUCAAUACAGGAAUAUGUAUACUAUAUAAUAAAACUAUCAAGAAAUGGAAUAACAGCGAAAGAUAUAAACAACUAUGUACCAAUCAAAUAUAAACAGCUCUCAAAACUAAUUUUAUAUAUGGAAUCAGUAGGGUUGAUAAGAAAGGAAACGGAAAGAGAUGGGAAGAUUUUUAUGUAUAGGUACUACACAACAGAUAGUAAAACACCACUAGUCAAAACAGAGGUUAUAGAAAGAUUAGAUACUUCAUACAUGAACGACAUUGAACCAGAUUUCGAUUCAACAUUUACACGAACAUCAGAUAAAACUAGCUUUAACAAUGUUGAAUACGCUCAAAAAAAUUAUACGCAAUUUCUAAACAGCCAGAAAGAUAAAUAUUCAGAAGAGUCUGUAUACCAACAGGACUUUGAACGGAUAUUCGGAAACCUACAGCUCCCAAAGCAAGUAAACACAACCCUGUUCAAAAAAAGGAUGGUCCUGAUGAAAAAUUACCUGGACUAUUUCAAAGCAGCAACGUUUUCAAACAUAUCGAGCUUCUAUGGAGAUGUGGAGAGAAGCCAAACAAAAGCAGAUAGAAAAACAGCAGUGAGAAUAGCAAAUUUUGUUCUAGAGGAGUUAAAAUAUUUAAAAAUUUUAAGAUGCGAGGAAUUGAAAGGAGCAAAUCUGCCGCUAACAAUCCUGUUUGAUUCAAGACAUUUUAAUGAUAAGGAAGCAUACAAUUAUAUUAGAAAUAACAUAAAUAUGAAGAGAAACAUUAUCUCAGUACACACAUCAGCAUUGAAAUCGAGAGUAAAUGAUCAUUUUAAGAGCCCAGAAGUUGCAAAUAAUUUCCAAGAAGAUUCUAUAGAUAUACUGGAUUCCACACCUGAAAAUAAGGAGAUGAUAAACUUUAACAUACAGGUGCCGUGUUUGGUAAGAAACAUAUCAGUAAACCAGCAAAAAAUAGAGGUUAAUUUAGAAAAUUCAAUGGGUUUUAGUCAGAAGGUGUUAUCAUCAAACGGUUAUAUUUUCCCAAUAAUGACGAGAAUUAAACUGUUACACUCAUUUUUGGUUGAAAACUUUAGUGAAAGUAGAUUCACAACAUUGGAAGUUUUGAGUAAAAUGACGCUUGAAAAGUAUUUCCAACUGAUAGGAUGUGGAUAUACACUGGAGAAAGUUACUAAGUAUAUAAAUGAAAAUGUAUUAAAUCUACCGGAUGAAUAUAUAAAAGUGUUAUUAAACAGUAGAAGAGAUCCAAUCAUAAUAUUGAAUAACCAAUUGAACUUUCUAUAUAGAAUCAAACUGUUGUUAUUCAUGUCAGAACCAGUUGAGUCAAGUAAGAAUGAUGAAGUAGAAACAUCUAGUGGUGAACAUUUAAAUGGGAAAGUGUUAAAGAAUAGUGAAGUGGAAAAGAAAGAAUUUAUAUGGGAAUUGAUUAAAGAAGUGGAACUGUAUGAUUAUGUAAAUAACCAGGUUGUGGGAAAAUAUGAAAUUACAACUGAAUUUGAGCUAUAUUGGCAAAAUUUAAAGGUACAAGUGGAUUCAUAUAUUAAUAGUGAUCUGGAGAUACCGCCUAAAAUACUAAAGGUGAAGGAAGUGUUUGUAAAGAAGAAUUGGAAAAAAGUUAUAUACCUAACAAGCACAAUUAAGUAUGAACUUGACCAGAUAAUAACAAUAUGGCUCUCGCUGAGUUGCAACUCACUUCACUACAAAAGUUUGAUUAAGCUGUUCCAUAUGCCAAUAGAAAUAAUAAACAAGCUCUCCAGUAAAUUCAAGAUAAAUAACACACAAAUCUACUCAUACCUAGUCAGUAAAAUCAAGAGUAACAAGUAUGACCCAGAAGUGGAGGAUGAUAGAAUACUCAACAAAAUACUAACGAACAUUCACAAAGAUAACGAAAUACUAUGGAUAGCAAGAUACGUGAUAUCGGAAAAAUUAAUAAAUCAAAUUUUCUUAAAUUUUCUUAAAAAUGAUUAUAAUAGUGUUAUAAAGGACCAAGAUUGUGAAAAUGAGAUUUCUACGAAUACCAAUGAUAUCAUCGAUAAGUUUCAGAGUUUUCUAACCAAAAAUACAUUGGAUAAAUCAGAAGAAUGUUCGCAGAACAGAAAACCACUGGACGUAUGGAACUAUCUUCACAUACUAUUUAAACACAAGUACACAGUUAACGAGUGUAAAAUCAUAUUCGACUACAUAAUCAACAAGUCAAACUUCAAUUUGAGGAUACUGAAAAAGCUAAGAAAUAUGAAUAUAAAUGAAAUAGUGCACUACACAAUGAAAAAAUCACACACAAACGUGUCGAACAUUUACAACACCACACCAACUAAUGCAAUAUUUAAAACCACAAGUUAUCUCGUUGACCCAAAGAAAGUUUCCAAUGACUUUGAUAUCAUGAUAAACACGCUUAGAUUAAAAUGCAUACUAUUCACAUCAUUAUCAAGUAAGGGAAGCCAAUUGGUAAACAAUAUAGACCCGAAAGAUUUUAAACAAGUUUUAAAAAGGUGGUCUGAUCACAGAUGGAUAGUAAAAAGCAAACAAAAGACUAACUUGUUUAAGGUAUACAAAUUGUCCAACCUGUCAAAGCUUAAACUGUUUCCAAAGUACUCAACCAUUUAUCAUCUAGGAACACAACUUCUGUCAUACAUUUACCUGUUUGGUUAUAACACAACUUAUAGUAAUCCAAUUAAUCAAAGACUAGGAAUGAUGCCAUAUUAUCCCAAUGAGUAUAGAGAAACUACACUCACCAUGAAGAUAGAUCUAGGACUAGAAUUGGAACUUGAUCCAAGACCUGAUAAUAACUCUUCAUUUCUGUCGAACAAUAUUUCUGUGAUAAAAAACUGCCUAGAUUUGGACUUUUACACCAUUUUCAAUAUACUGGAGAACUUCAAAAUCGUAAAGUUCGAACCGAAGUGGAAUAACCAAUCAAACACCCAAGUCAGCGUUAAAUCGGGCUAUUCCCGCUUCAUAGAAGGAGGAAUAUCAAAGCAUAUCAAAAGUAUGAAAAAUAAAAUGUCAAUAAGUCAAGUGGAAGCAAACAUAAACUCAGUACAGGCAAAUCUUAGAUCACACAACUAUAUAAAUGAAUACUCUAGACAGAAUGUAAUACCCAAGGCGAUGGUAUGUGAAAAUGAACUAACUGACAUAUUGAAUCCUUUACAGUUUGAAAGUUCAUACCCAGAAACAUUUGAUUCUCCAAAAAAUACAAGGAAAACAUUUAAAAAUGUAUUGGAAGUGAUAGAUUAUCUAAUGAAUUUGUUUAUGCUGAAAGAGGUUCCGGCAGAUCUUGAAAGUAGUUUUAGUAAAAUAGUACAAAUAGUUAAGAGUUCAGGAACACAUGGGAUUUCUCACAAGAAGCUUAAAUUUGGAUUUGAGUACAUGAAUGAGAAGAAAACCUCUAACAAAAGAAAAUGCCGUGAAGAUUUACUUUCAAAUAAUGAUUUCUCACCUGAUUCAUUGGUUAGAAUUCUGGUUUAUGCAGCGGCAAUGCUAAGGCUUCUGAUAAUGGUACCGAAUGGAACAGAAUAUUUGUAUAUAUACUGGGAGUACUGUAAGGAUCUAUUUAUCAACAAACAAGAGAAAAAUGAACUAAACAAGAUUGAAGAAGAAGGAUUGGUUAGAAAGAAGCCUGAUUAUGUACCGGAACUAAUGUGGAUAAUAUGGGAAAGAGAUGCAUUUGAUAUAUUAGAGGGGGAAAUGGAACAAUUUCUUGGGAAUAUAAAGGAAUUGUUUCCGGAAGAUACGGAAUCUUACUCAAACACACUAAAGUCGACAUCCCAAAACACAUUCGUAAAACUGGACGGACAUAUUGACGUACAUUUGGUAGGGUUCUUAUCAUUGAAGAUAUUCUGCAUGGUUAAAGAUAAACCGGGCAUAACAGUUCACCAGAUAUGGAAGGAUCUGGUGAUACUGGACGAAUGCGAAGUGGAAGUACUGGUGGAAUCAAUGGUCUUGGAAAAAAUUCUUAGUGUAAAGAAAAUAAAUGUGCAAAAUCUAUCGAAUUCUACAUUCGAAUCUGUAAAAGGAAGUGAAGGUGGUGUAGUCCACAACCUAUAUUAUCCCCAAGAAACUAGUUUUGUAGUUUGGAAAUUUAAAAAAUUGUUACUUUCAGAAUAA